CACACACAGAGUAACAAUAUGGCGCUGGGUGGAGUAGCUUUACGAUUUUGGCCAGUCGUUGUCUGAAAGACAGACGAUCGGACAGGAUGAACCUCUGCGCUCAAUAUUUACGACAGGCAGAGGCCCUGAAAGCUGACAUGACUGCAGACUCUAAGAUGGGAGCAGCAGAGGUGUGGACGUCCAGGCAGGCCCUCCAGGAUGUGUACCAGAAGAUGCUGGUCACCGACCUGGAGUACGCCUUGGACAAGAAAGUGGAGCAGGACUUGUGGAACCAUGCCUUUAAAAACCAGAUCACCACCCUGCAGAGCCAGGCCAAGAACCGGGCCAACCCAAACCGCAGCGAGGUGCAGGCCAACCUGGCCCUGUUCCUGGAGGCCGCCAGUGGCUUCUACACACAGCUGCUCCAGGAGCUGUGCACGGUGUUCAACGUGGACCUACCCUGCAGGGUGCGUUCCUCCCAGCUGGGCAUCAUCAGCAACAAGCAGGGGGUCUGCAGUGGCAUCGUCACGCCACAGAGCAGCUCCUGCUCCUACAUCUGCCAGCACUGCCUGGUGCACCUGGGAGAUAUAGCUCGUUACCGUAACCAGACCAGCCAGGCGGAGUCCUACUACCGCCACGCUGCCCAGCUGGUGCCCUCCAACGGUCAGCCGUAUAACCAGCUGGCCAUCCUGGCCUCCUCCAAGGGAGACCACCUCACCACCAUCUUCUACUACUGCCGCAGCAUCGCCGUCAAAUUCCCCUUCCCUGCUGCCUCCACCAACCUGCAGAAGGCCCUGUCCAAGGCCCUGGAGAGCCGUGAUGAGGUGAAGAACAAGUGGAACGUGGCAGACUUCAUCAAGGCCUUCAUCAAGUUCCACGGCCACGUGUACCUGAACAAGAGCCCGGACAAGCUGAGCCCUCUGAGGGAGAAGCUGGAGGAGCAGUUCCAGAGGCUGGUUCUGCAGAAAGCCUUCAGCUCCCAGCAGCUGGUCCACCUGACGGUCAUCAACCUGUUUGACCUGAACCACCUGAGGGACCUGAGUCUGGAGGGCACCGAGCAGACCUACAGCCCGGACCAGCUCACCAGCUGGGCCCAGCUCCUGGGCCUGUUUGUGUCCUUCCUGGGAGUGAUGUGCUGCCGGGUGCUGCUGAACCACCACCAGCACCAGGGGGAGCUGCUGGGCGAGUGUCCGCUGCCAGCCGUCAAGGUGUCCCUGGACUGGCUCCGCCUGCGGCCCAGCGUCUUCCAGGAGGGAGCCCUGCACCAGAGGCAGCACGUUUGGCCCUGGCUGGUCUCCAUCCUCAACAGCUUCCAGCCAUGUGAGGAAAUCUUUGCGCCAUCUGCUGGUGUCACUCCCCUGCCAGAGGAGUUUGAGCUGCAGGGAUUCCUGGCCCUCAGGCCUGCCUUGAGGACCCUGGACUUCAGUAAGGGCCACCAGGGCAUGCUGCUGGAUGGGGACACCCCCGCCCUCCAACCCCGCCACCACAGACUCAUCAGCCUGGGGAGAUGGAUCGCUGACACCCUUCCCUGCCUGAUGCGCUACCAGGCGAGCGACGAGGGCCAGCUCCUCUUCCUCAGCGACCUCCCGGGUCUGCCGGUCCCGGAGCCCCAGGAGCGGGAGGUGCCCGUCCUGCAGGAGUCGUCCAACGGCGAGGCGCACGACGCGGCCGCCAACAGGACCCUCAAGUCGGUGCUGUCGGCGGGCCGAGGCCCCGCCCCCGGCCCGGACGCCGGCGAGCGGCCCGUGGUCACCUUCAAGGAGAACAUCAAGCCCCGCGAGCCGAGCCGCGACGCGCCACCCGCCCGCGCCGGACACGCCGAGCGCCCGCGGGACCCCCCCCUCAAGGCCGUGGGCACGGCUGGGCGGGCGGAGCGGGCGGAGCCCAAGAGGGAGGGCAAGAGGAAGUGUGAGGCCAAGAGGACGCUGCAGGACAAGGCGUGCGACGCCGGGAAACAGGUGAAGGGUCAGCCUGACCAGAGGAAGACCCCUGUGAGUCAGCCCCAGACCACCUGCUCCUCCCAGUUCAUCCCCAUCCACCACCCUGGAGCCUUCCCCCCUCUUCCCAGCCGACCAGGUUUCCCGCCGCAGGCCUACGUCAUCCCCCCCCCUGUGCCGUUCGCGGGCCUCCAGGUGAACCCGGGCUUCAGCUUCUCUGCGGGGGUCCCGGGUGCCUUCCUCCAGAACUCCGGCCCCCAGCCCAACUCCGCCUCCUCACAGGGCCCGGGAGGGAAGCCAUCCCACAUCCCGUACAGCCAGCAGCGGCCGUCGGCCCCCGGGCCAGCACCCGGGCCGGGGGGCCCGGGCCAGCAGCCCGCACCCCAGCAGCUGCAGGUGCAGACCCUGCCGCUCCAGCAGCAGCAGCAGUCCCCCACCAAGCCGGUCCAGAUGGGGAAGAGCCCCCCACACAUUCCGGGCAUGCAGCAGCAGUACAUGCAGGUCCAGGAGCAGCCGGCCCCCAUGUGGGGCCAGGGCCAGGCGGGGGUGCCGAAGAUGCAGAUGCAGCCCGCCAAGCAGUCCCAACAGCAGCCCUACUUCCUGUCGCCUCAGGCCCCUCCCAGCCCGCUGGACAACAGCAACAAGGGGAUGAAGUUCCCCGACGUGGUCCAGAUGCAGGACUACUACUGGGAGCAGGCCGCCUACCGCAUGGGGGGCGGGGAGCGAGGCCUGGGGAAGAGACCCCCCCCUGGAGGCUUCUGCCCCGAGGCCGACGCCCCGUCCGCCGCUGGGCCCCGCGGAGCUCCGUUUGAGCAGGAAAACAGGGGCUCGGUCCUCCUGCCAGAGCUGGUCAAAUCUCUGGCCGACUUGGAGGAGACGGGGGAGGGCCUGCUGUGUACUAAAGCCCCUGGUUUCUACCAGGCCCUGGCUGGGCCUCUUAGCACUGCUACCAGACACAGCCUGUUUCUGCCAAGUCAGACCAGGAUGGACGGCGUCUCGGACAUGAUCAGCCAGUCCUCUUCCCUGCUGCCCAUGAGCGGCUUCCCCAUCCAGGAGAACUUCCAGAACAACAGCAUCUUCAGCCAGGCAUAUGGCCACCAACUGGCACCCCACCCCAAGCCCGAUGCUCCCAUGAUGCACCAGGAGCCCUCGCUCUACUCCCUGUUCGAGGGCACGCCCUGGUCCCCCUCGCUGCCCGCCAGCUCAGACCAGUCCACCCCGGCCAGCCAGUCCCCCCACUCCUCCAACCCCAGCAGCCUGCCCUCCUCCCCCCCCACCCACAGCCACGCCGCCACCCCCUUCUCCAACUUCGGGCCCAUCGGCACUCCGGACAGCCGGGACCGCCGACUGCUUGACCGCUGGAAGACCGAUAAGACCGGGGGUGUUGGGGGCCUAGGCUUGGACUACCUGCCCUCGGGGCCGGUGGCUCCAGACCCCAGCUGGCACCAGCCCGGCCCGGCAAACAGCUCCUGGGCCGGCCAGGACACGCCCAUGGAGGACUCCUCCACCGUGCUGCUGGACAGCCUCAAGUCCAUCUGGUCCAGCUCCAUGAGGCAGCCGGGCCCGUCCGCCCUGGAGCAGCUCCUCCUGCAGCAGAAGCAGAAGCAGCAGCGGGCCCACGGCAACAUGAACCCCCCCCACUGAGCAGCAGCGCCCCCUGCUGAGGGGGGAAUACCUGGAGGAACACCCACAUUACUGUGGGGAGCGGUGGAGGGGAGUUGACCCCGCCACCCACCCACCCACCCAAGAGCCCCAACGACGGGAGCCACGGUUGCUAUGAUCUGUUGCCGAGGCGCGCCUCACCACAUGGGAGGACAGGGGGGAGGGCAAGCGAGCAAGCUCUCUCUCUCUCUCCACGCCGCCGCCGAAAAACCCAAGGUCCGGGUUCAACUGUAAGCCCCAGACUCAGAACAGACCCCUCCUACACACACACACACACACACACACACACACACACACACACACACACACACACACACACACACACACACACACACACACACACACACACACACACACACACACGUGUAGGACGAACCCCCCUCCUUUCGGACCUCUUCUCUUCCUCGUGCGAAAGUCUUCCCAGGAACGACGUCACGACUCAACGAUGAUCUCUGAUUGGCUGUUUGCUCCCGGCGGAUAUCUCUUUUUAAAGACGC